AUGGCCAAGCCCAUGAUCCGUCUCAAGAACUUAUCGCUUCAUGCCCGUUGCACCUCAAAUUAUCGUCCCCGUAGCAUCGUGGGCCACACUGCGCUGGCCAGGGAAGGGACGGCACUACACGUCCAGGCCCCGGGUGGCAGCAAACACAGGAUACUGGGCAGCAUCUGCGGUGCCGUUUGCGCCCUGGCAAUCGCGGGCCGGAAAACAAAUCACGUCGCAGAUGUGGAGAAAACUUGCAACGCCUGCGUGCGGCCGCGGAAACCCGCUGCAAGCUGCAACCACUUCGUGGGCUUUUCUGGCCUGAAGCCAUUGACAUGCCGUAGCUGCGGCAAUCAGGGUGCUACCGAAGCACUCCCUUUGCAGAUAGAGGCCUCAUUGGAGUUGCCACCUUCUCUCCUGAGCUUCUUCAACGCCAAGGCCUCCGAGGAGUCGCCGAUUUUUCGGAUACCGAGCAAGCAGCUGGUGGAGGCUGGCGUGCCAGUCAGCGAUCUCAAAGACGCCUGGCAGCGAGGUCUGCUCUGGGCUUUGCCCAUUGGUACGGAGAGCACAUUUCCGUACGACCAGAGGGAGCGAUGGCUGGAAAUGGCGCUGGAGGACGACUGCCGCGAUGUUCUUCUCUCUCCUAGAUGUCCUCAGCUGACUCCCGAGCUUCUCCGAGUGACCCUCCGGCAUUUCUCGCACGGGACUCCGACCUCCCAAGAUCUCCAACGCUUCGGCAAGGCCACUUGGGGCUUGAGCGCGGGUGAAGAGCGUUGGAGGGCUCUGGCCGAGCAACUGCCCGACACGGAAGUCAGACAAGGCUGGUCGAACGGGGGCAUAACGCCGUGGACCAUUCGGUUCAAAGGCAAACCCCAGCCGAACCAGGACCUCUUCGAAUACGAGGACUUUACUUUCGCUUUCCUGCAGCGCGUCAAUCUCCAGUGCUUCUUCUCUGUCGGCAGCCUCGCAGAAUCCAUGUUUCACUAUGGCCAGCAACCCGACAAGGAAGCCGUGUCUCUGCAGCUUUGCCACGAUCUAGCCCACUGGGCUUGUCACAGCAAUCUGAAGAACAGGCAAGACAUCAGUGAGCCAAAGCUGGCAGAAUUUGGAAAUGGUGUUGUUCGAGUGCAACUUGGUGGCCCCGUGUUGCACGUCCUUGCUGACAAGACCUUCUGGAAGGCAGCGGGCUUGGAGUACCGGGAGCGCAAGCGCCUGGGCGUUGUGGGGCUGACGCCAGAGGAAGUACUGCCUACCAGAGGCUCCCAAGCAGCCCAGCAGUGCCACGGGAGCUAUGCCGGCAGCUUUGCUCGUGAGUUGUGCCAUGAUCACGAGAAAGGCGUGUGCCAAUUGGGAGAGGCUUGCCGCAAGAUCCAUCGCAAGUUUCCGCAUGCGGCAUCCGGACCACAGCAGCGCUGCUUGGCGGAAGGUCUUACGGAUCAGAGUUGUGCAGUUGAAGACGAGGACUUGCGCAGCGUGCUCUGGGAGGGUAUGAUGGAAGGGAAGCUUCGGUUGUCAUUGCAAGUUCUGAAGCCGAAGCUGCUUCAGAAGAAGAGAUGCGCUGAAGAGGCGGUCCUACGUCUCCUAGCUUCAGAAUUGGAAAAGGGAAAUCUGGUGGUGAUUGUAGCGGCCGAACGUGGCGACCUGGCUACGGAGUGGAACAUGAAGGAUUGGGGGAAUCCGGAGGAGUCGGUCAGAAGCAUGAAAGAAGCUUGGACCCAACAGUCUGUGCAGUUGCUUUUCUCGCCUAUUUUGAGGGAGCCACCGAGAUCGCUUCUGACGUGUUUGCUGGAAUAUUUCCAGCUGGAGCAAUUGAGCCCUACGGUGACCCACUUGAGGAACGCGUGCGUGUCAAUUUUCGCACUGGAGGUUCCGCCGGAUGGCUGGCGCAGGCUCGCAAAGGAAGGGGGCUUCCGCUGCAGCAAACGCAAGACCAUCGACGGGCAGACACUUUGGUGGAUUUCCUCUCCUGGAAAGCGUGGGAGCGUCAAGUGGCAAGCGAGCAGCUGCACGAAAGAGCGGCAGGCGGCUCUGCUCCUUUGGGUGGCCAGCUUCGACUCCUGGCCGUCGAUGGGAGUUCUGCUGGAGUCUGCGCGUUUGUUCGGGCCGGACUUUGCUCGCCUGGCUCGACUCCCCGUUCUUUACACCUUGCUCCGCGCGGCACUAGCCGGCCGGCAACCCAUGGAAGACGACGACGAAGGCUUCGAAGAUUCAGAAACCCUGGCCGGCGACGAGGGGGAGGAGCACGAGGAGGAGGGAGAGGACGAGGAAGAAGAGGGAGAAGGAGAAGCGGAUGAGGAGUCGCACUGCGGUUCGGACAUGUCUGGAUCGAGCGAAGGACUGGGGGAACGGCGUGGCAAGAUGUUUCCCCCUUGCACGAAGGAGGUUGUUAGGUGGCCACCGCUGAGGACUCCUCAAGAGUUGGUUCGUGAUGCCUUUGCCAACUGGCGCCGGUUGGGCGAGAAAAUCAACAGGCGUGGACUGAAAGGACGACGAGUAAUCAAGCUUGCGGGCAGUGACAAACACAUGCGAAAGAUCAUCAACAAGCUCGAGUACGAUCUUCCACAGGUGGAGGCAGGGCAGAAUGCGAUUGAUGUUGUUGCAGCCGACGAUGCUGAGGCUUUGCUCCAUGCAGCCGGAAUGAGCGAGUCUGUUAUUCAGGGCUGGGUCCGAAGGGAGCCCUUCCCACGUGACGUUUUGGUGGCGAUGGUGGUGGCUGAAUACCGCAGGCUGGUGCAACCUAGCAAGACAGGCCCGGAAUCCGAUGGCCCAACUGCACAGGAGAUUUUUGCCGCCCUCUUGCAUGCCAAAGGUUUAUCCCACGGACAGGGGAGAUCACAUCGGAUUCGGCAGCAAAUCCUGGGUCCGCUUCGCAAGCACCCGCAGCUCGCAGGACGAAUUCUCAACACCUCGCGUGGGGGGAGCAUUGGCAUGUUUCUAGACACUCCUGGUUCGGACCAUGACAUCUUCUUGCACAUCAAGGAUGGGGGAAGUGACAUGGUGGAGACACUUCACAGGGUGCUCAAGGACCUGCAGCAGCAAGCAAGUGAGGACUCACGACUCGCACGGGCUACCGUGGUGCGGAAAGACUUUGCCGUGGGCCUCAUUGACUACUACCACCGGGACUACGACCUGGUCCCCGUCACCAACAGGCCCGACCUCGAGGGCGACUACCAGUGGGAUCCAUGCCGGCAGGUGUGGCAGCCCGUGUUGCACCAACGACUGGCCCCGAAGUUGCAGGAACUCUCGGAGUCGAAGAAGGAUGCCUUCUUCGUGCUGAGGGCGCUGAAGUUCUGGAAUGAAGCUCUGCCACCCGUUCGAGGAAGUGAGACCUCUGGCAAGAAGAAGGCUCCCCUGAUCUCCGUGCACAUUCCGCUGUUGGUGCUGGCAGCCGAAGACAAAGGACGACUCGACUCGACCGGAACCCCGCAGGCAUGUCUUCUGGCCACUUUGCACUUCGUGAAAGAGAAUUGGCGCUGCCCUUCGUUCGAUAAUGCUGCUUUGCAUGAAGUGGAUGCGGACCCCCACCUGCGCCGAAUCACGAACAAGUACACUCUGGGGCUGAUGGACCAAUGUUUUCCCCAGUUGCUGCAUGAAUCUAUAGCCCUUAUAGAGGGUGCUGCAAGGGAGUGCGGUUCGGAUAGGGAGGCGGCUGACCGAGUGGUCACGCUGGUGCGGAGCUUCUUCCACUGUCCCAGAGGCUUGUUUCGACCGCAGUCGUAG